GCUCCCGCUUUUGUUAGAAUCUUUUGAGAUUUUGUUAAAAAUAUAUAAAUAAAAUUAAUUGUAAAGCAAGAUGCAGGAGUGUCCAUAUGGCGAAAAAUGUUACCGCAAGAAUCCCAUACAUUUUGGCGAAUACUCACAUGCACACUUGGAUGCGAUUUAUGCCAAGGGCUGCGAUGGAGAUAGCAAUGAGUACGACAUACCUGCCAAGUAUUCCAGUGAGCUAAUCAAUAUACAGCUUAAGUUGUUGGAGAAACUAUUUCCACAGUUGGCCGGAAAGGAUGCCAAGAGCAAGCCGGCAACUGCUGCCAAGCCGUCAACAAAAGAAGCUACAUCAUCUGCAGCCAGCACCAGUGGAGUCGCUGUUCCUGCCCAAGCCGACACUAGUCGAGAUGCUGCCUCUGCCCAAACCAGCACCGGUCGAGUUGCGACCUCUAACCAAGCCAGCAGUCAGAAGAGCACAUCGCAGCUCGAAAAGAGACCAAAACUUGAACGUGAUGUACGUGAUUACGUAUCUGUCGUGGUGGAAAAAGGACGCAUGGCUCGCAAACUGGAGCAAGCGGCGCCCUACAAUAUGUUUCUCACGGCCAUCACUGACUCGAAGCCCACACAUCGCGAGCCAUUGAGCAUCACAUUGCAGGAGAUAUUCGACGAGAGCCUGGGCGAGAUUGAGUCGAGCGUGCAAAUCAAUUUCAUGGUAGACAUCGGCUGGUUACUGGGCCAUUACUACUUUGCAGGCAUACUUUCCAAGCCGCUCUUGGUGCUCUAUGGAGCUGAUGAUCCCAACCUGGUUGACAUUGGCAAGUUUAAGCCACAGGUCACAGCGAUUAAGGUGCAAAUGCAAUCUCCAUUCGCCACAUCGCAUACGAAGAUGAUGCUACUUGGGUAUACGGAUGGAUCGAUGCGCGUUGUCAUCUCAACGGCUAAUUUGUACGAGGACGAUUGGCACAACCGGACGCAAGGCUUGUGGAUGAGUCCACGGUUGCCUCCACUGCCCGAAGACGCAGAUACAGCCGCUGGAGAGAGUCCAACGGGCUUCAAGCAAGAUCUUAUGCUUUAUCUAGUAGAGUAUAAGUUGUCACAGCUGCAGCCAUGGAUUGCGCGCAUACGCAAAAGUGACUUCAGCGCCAUCAACGUCUUCUUCAUUGGCUCCGUGCCUGGUGGUCAUCGUGAGAGCGCUGUUCGUGGCCAUCCCUGGGGCUGUGCACGUCUUGGCUCGUUGCUAGCCAAGCAUGCAGCGCCAGUGGAACCCAAUAUACCAGUUGUGUGUCAGAGCUCCAGCAUUGGCAGUCUGGGUGCUAACGUUCAAGCCUGGAUAGAGCAAGAUAUUCUCAGCAAUUUUCGCAAGGAUUCGUCGCCUAUCGGGCGACUGAGUCAGCUGCCGCCCUUCAAGAUGAUCUAUCCCAGUUUUGGUAAUGUGUCGCGCAGUCACGACGGCAUGCUCGGUGGCGGCUGUCUACCCUAUGGCAAAAGCACAAAUGAUAAACAGCCGUGGCUAAAGAAUUACUUGCAUCAGUGGAAGUCCGGGGAUCGGCAUCGCUCGCAGGCCAUGCCGCAUAUCAAGAGCUAUACUCGAUUUAAUUUGGAGGACCAAAGCGUCUAUUGGUUUGUGCUCACCUCGGCGAAUCUCUCGAAAGCCGCCUGGGGCGCCUUCAACAAAAAGUCGAAUUUACAGCCUUGUCUACGAAUUUUCAACUACGAAGCGGGUGUUUUGUUUUUGCCUAAAUUUGUGACUGGCGAGGACACAUUUCCUUUGGGCAACGCACGUAAUGGUGUGCCUGCGUUCCCCUUGCCCUACGAUGUUCCUUUGACACCAUAUGGACCGGAUGAUACGCCCUUUCUUAUGGAUUAUUUGCACCAAUGAAAUAUGUUUCAUAAAUGUGAUUUAUAAUUACACUUUUUGUUACUUCUAAAAGCAUUAAAUG